CCGAAAGAUAACGGCUGGGCGUAAAAAUGGCGAUAUCAGCGUUGGAGAUCCGCUAUGUCCUACUUGAAUGGACUGAGGGUGAGGAUAGAGGGGCCCAUAGUAUUUUGGCUCUCGACUGUGUCCGGAAUUUUUCAGUAAAAAAUUUUCUUGAAAGGACUGAAAAAAACGAGAAGCUGGUGGAAUGGCGAAAAGGCCGCCAACCCUGGCCGGUGCACCGAGCAAGAAUUAUUGACGUGGCAAAAUUUGAAAAAACUCUCCAAAUUAAACUGCGUGGGAUCGAGAUGGAGAAAGAAGUCACACAGCAAACAAAACGUCCUCACAUCCCAAACUCAAAGUACCGUGAUCAGGGGCAGACUGAGAAGGCUUCAAAGAAAAGGGUUGACAAUAAAAAGAGAUGUCCUUCUAAAUACAACCACGAGGAGAAGGAGGAGGAGGAGGAGGAGGAUGAGGCGCGUCAUGACAGGCCUUCAAAGAACAAGCGGGCCAGCGAAGAGGAGGAGCGUAUUGGGGAUGAAGAGGACAUAGUACCACCCUCUAAGAAAAAGACAGCUGCUGAAUUUAGAAAACACCUGGAUGAACAGAUGUGGGAGAGAAGGAAACUUGACCAAAUGCAAAGAAAUUUGCAGGAGUUGAGAAAUGAAGUCCAUUCUCUUAAAAAUGAAAAUGCACGUCUGAAAGACAUUAUCAUCAAUCAAAUCCCUCAAAUGAAAAGUGACAUCGCCAUUAUUGCUCAAAAGACUGGAAGGACUCCUGUGGAGGAUCUAGAUUCCUCCUUCUCGACUUUUGGAGAAAUGCAACCGACUCCAGAGAGGAGACAGAGCCCAGAGGACAGCGAGCCCUUUAAAGAAAGUCCCAUGGUGACUGAGCGCUUUCGAGAGACACCACAGACUGCAGCAACAGCUGAGACCUCAGCGAAAACACAGAUGGAAGUUAUAAAGGGCUCUGGGGUGUUUUGCCAGGCAGAAGCGUGGAAAGCAGCCCGCCUUGCCCCCUCUGCUACUGCCAUGGUGCGGAAUCUCCUGCUGGGCACCUUUGAUUUGGAGACUUUGCUGAAAAGCAACCUGAAUGGUGGGAAGCCAACCAGAGGGGAUGGGGAGCAGCUGGUCGCACUUGACCAAAUUAAAAAGGCAGCCAUUAUUGCCACAUUGCUGGGGUAUUGCGCUGUAAGAUGCUACAUUGAAGAAGUGGCCGGCAGCCAGCCGAGGGCAGAUAGGCACAUCUAUCAAUUCAAAGCUCACGGAGCUGAGAAGAUCAACAAGAUAAAUAGUUUUUUUUUUCUAUUCAGUUUUUUGUCUUGUUUUUGUUCUUGUUCUAUUUGAUUGUUCUUAAGUAAAUAAAUAAAUGUACAUUUCUACAUUUUGGGCUUUUAUUUAUGUUGCAUAGUAGCUAUGGAUUUUAAUAAUUUUACUAAUAUAUAGGUAAACAUAUAG